CAGCCCUGGUGCUUGAUUCGAAGUUUGGGGGAGGGAUUUCCAAAUCUUUACCCUGUCAUUGGUUAAUAUUUUAUUCUGUUGACAUGUUUUCUUACUGGUAAUGCUUCCGACACCUUUUACCCCCCUUACGGAUCUUCGCCCGAGCUGUCAAAACCACGCCUAUAGAGCCCCACAAUUGGUCCGGAAAGCGUAAAAUCGGCAAUUAAGGGGGCUUGGUUCAUUAGUGUCGAGAUCCAGGGAGGAGGGACAUGUUAGAUAGUCACAAUUCCACGGUGGUCUGAGCUAGACUCUCUAUUCGAGCUCAGUACCCAGAACUAUAUCUAAGUAAAGAGUGGUUUAUUUUUCCGAAAGUUACUUGGGUGGAUAAGAAGGGAAGCCCAGCUCUGCUCUCGAAGUGUCGAUGCAGCCUCUUAGACGGAUACUAUCACGGUGCGGUGUAGGAAGAGAGCAUCAGGAGUAGCAUUGCACACAUUUCCACCCUCCGUCUAUUGGAGACGACGAGGAGGCGUUCGAUCUUGGUUACGAACGUGAAAGUACUUUUAUAUUUCAAUAAGACAUCUGUAUUUUGGAUACCCACACCAGUACUUCUAAGAGUGGACAUAAUAGCGUAUGAAUAAUCUAUAUCGAUUUUUGGAUGCACCGAUGAGAGAUCCAGUUUACACAGGGACUGCCAUGGCUUAUCACCCUUUUCACGCUCACCGGCCGGCCGAGUUUCCCAUGUCAGCUUUCCUUGCAGCUGCACAGCCUUCAUUCUUCCCUGGACUGACGCUGUCUCAUGGCGCUCUCACCAAACCACUUUCCGACCAUGCUCUUUCAGGAGCCGCAGAAGCAGGACUCCACGCAGCGUUGGGUCAUCACCAUCAAGCGGCUCAUCUCCGCUCCCUGAAGAGCUUGGAGCCGGAGGAUGAGGUGGAGGACGAUCCAAAAGUCACUCUGGAGGCCAAGGAUUUAUGGGACCAAUUUCACAAAAUAGGAACGGAGAUGGUUAUUACGAAAUCCGGAAGGAGGAUGUUUCCCCCAUUCAAAGUUCGCGUCAAUGGGCUUGAUAAGAAAGCUAAGUAUAUCCUGCUUAUGGACAUUGUCUCCGCGGACGACUGCCGCUACAAGUUCCACAACUCGCGGUGGAUGGUAGCUGGGAAAGCCGACCCGGAGAUGCCUAAACGAAUGUACAUCCAUCCAGACAGCCCUGCUACUGGAGAGCAGUGGAUGGCCAAGCCUGUUGCUUUUCAUAAACUCAAGUUGACUAAUAAUAUCUCGGACAAGCAUGGAUUUACUAUCCUGAAUUCGAUGCAUAAAUACCAGCCCAGGUUUCAUAUCGUGAGGGCCAAUGACAUUCUGAAGCUCCCUUACAGCACCUUCCGUACAUAUGUUUUCCCAGAGACGGAUUUUAUCGCUGUCACUGCAUAUCAGAAUGACAAGAUCACACAGCUCAAAAUUGAUCACAACCCAUUUGCUAAAGGUUUCAGAGACACGGGAAAUGGACGAAGAGAAAAGAGUUCGGUCUGCAGGAAGCAGUUAACCCUUCCAUCACUGCGCAUGUAUGAGGACCGAGACCUGAAAGGAGACCGGGACUGUGUGGACUCAGAUGACUCCUCCUGUGAACAAACCACCGGAAGGGAUUCGGUUCAUUCUCCACUGGGACCAGUAACCAGUCCUCUAAGGUUAAACAGAACCAGUCGAGACAAGAACUGCACGGACAGCGAUCCGGAUCUAGACCAACAUGAAGAGCACUCAAUAGCAGCCAGCAGCCCCGGGCCUGAACCAACCUCUCCUCUCAGCCCCAAAGGCGAUGACAGGGUUAGGGAUAGGUCUUCGCUGGAAAAGAAGAGCGACUACCUGAAUUCAAGGAAAGAGAGCGACUCUGUGUUCAGUAUUCGACAUCUUGAAAAGGACAAGUUAGAUCAUAAACACCGCAAAGAGACGGAACCUGCAAAGAAAGACUCGGACAGUGGUGGGAUCAGUGGGUUAAAAGAUGGGUUUUCUCCACUAAUGGUGCAGACUGAGAGCCCAACGUCACACUUCAGCGCAAGUCACCUGCAGAGUAUGGCCCUCUCUGGUUUGCACAGUCAACAGUUCUUUAACCAUUUGAAUACGGGACAAAUGUUGUUCCACCCCGGACAGUUUGCGAUGGCACCAGGGGCAUUUUCUACCAUGGGUAUGGGGCAUCUGUUGGCUUCAGUGUCAGGAGCAAAUGGCCUGGAAAACGGAGGCAUUUCGUCUCAAAGCGUGGGUUCUCAUAGCCCUUUCCCUUUUCACUUGUCACAGCAUAUGCUUGCGUCUCAGGGAAUUUCGAUGCCACCUUUCGGAGGACUGUUCCCGUAUCCAUACACCUACAUGGCAGCUGCCGCAGCUGCGGCCUCGGCCCUACCCGCAUGUACUGCUGCAUCCACAAUGGGCAGAAACCCUUUCCUCACCACCUCCCGACCACGGCUGCGAUUCAACCCUUAUCAGAUCCCAACGUCUGUUCCUCCAAGCACAAACCUGCUAACCACAGGCCUACCAGGCAGUCUAAACGCAUCAUCCGACCUGUCCAAAUCUGGCAGUAGAGAAACAAGUCCUGUAUCCGAGCAUCAUAGCCACAAAACCGCCAGCCAAAGGACGACAUCCCCUGAAACAUCUGUGAAGGAUUCCACUAACGAACUGCAAAAUAUACAAAGGCUGGUCAGAGGACUGGAAAAACCCAGGGAAAUCUCUCCUGCCAUUGAAUGACCAACUACUUGUUUCAUCGACAUAUCUUUUGACAUUAUUCUGUCGAGCUAUAUAGGCUUAUACACAGUUGUGCUGAGUGAGAUGGGUGAGUGGAUGGAUGUGGGUUGUCGAGGUGAGUUAAUCAAAGGAGAUAGCCUACUGUUGGUAUACAGUAAUUAACAGUUUUAAAGUCGGUUUGUAUGGAUAGGUUCUAGGCCCCUGAAGGAAAUAGGAGGUAUGGGCUAUUCGGGCGGGAGAUGAGGAAAAAGCUGCAUCCAAAAAAUUGAUUGAGCUACAAUAGAUGUAAAAAGGGACGGAAAGCGAGUUUGACUAAUUUCUGAAGUUUAUUUGGAACGACGUUUGUAACUCACAACAUGAACGAUUGAUGAGAUUGAAUUAUUUAUGUUUCAAAGAAAAGCAAUUCUGUAAAUAUUCUGUAAGGAUCAAAUUAAAAGCAACAUGUUAUUAAUUUAUUCAAAUAUGUACAUUGGCGUGUUUAUACUAGCCUACUUAGAUUUCAACUUGUUGCAUUUAUAAUUUUCAUUUUUACAUAGAAAUAUAUUGUACAUGAACACCAUUUAGCGCUUGUUGUUACGAAACCGAGUUUCAAAUAUUUGUGAUGCGUUUUUGUUUAUCCUGAGAUAAGAUAUGAAGGAAAUGCGGACCUGCAUACCCUUUUCAUACCCUGUUGAUCAAACAUUGUUUUGCUAUAUAGCCUACAACGCGCAGAAAUGUCCAAUUGGCAGGGAAAACUCAGGUUUCUUUCUCACCAGCACUGAAGACUUCCUCGUCAGAGGUAGCUGAAUUGGCAUCUUUUGCGCUGGUUUAUUCGGGUAAAUUAAUAUGCUUUUGUUCAGUUCCACACACUUUAAAUAAAAAUGAAUGUGUCGUUCAGA